CAUUUUGUCAGCGUAGAAUCGAAAAAUUGGGCGAGGUUCAGAAAGUUCUAAUUAAUGUCAAUUGAAAACGAUCUUCCUCAGAGUGUAGUUUGAGCAGCAACAUGAAGUUACUGACGUCGGUAACGACGUGCCUGCUGCUGGCCGCAGUGCUGAUGGACGUGGCGGCACAGGAGAAUGUCCUUACGCGAGUCGCCCCGUCGUUGCUGGAGUGCUACGAGAACCCGACCAUCUUCGAGCGCGACAACCGGUUGCCGAUGACGAUGAAUAUGUUGAUUGAGCUGAUCCGCAAGGUGGAGGAUUCACCCGGGUUCCAGCAGGACAUCCGUCAGCUUUCCAUCAGCCUGUUGCAUCGUUUCCGUCAGGACGGCAUAGUCCGAGCACCGGGUGUAACGAGCAUAACCGGAGUAAUUCCGUUCAGCCCCACCGAAUUCCAGUUCACAAAGCAUCGCGUACUGUUCUCUCGCUUGCUGCCUGGCAAUGCAGUCAACUUCCCGAACGCCACGUUAAGCACCGAAGAAAGGUGUGCAAUCCAUUUCAUGAUAUCGAAUUCUAUCGAUCGGCGAGUGCGUGGAGAUGAGAAUGUCCGUUGUGCGCAGCUCGCGCAGUACCGUGCGGCCCGUGUACCUCGUGAGAUGGACUUCAAAGAUCGCAACAAGGUGCGAUCGAACUACCUCGGUGACAACGAGAUGCUUGCUCAACCGGAAAUGGAUCGCAUACGGGAGCAAAUCAUGAAGUUCAAGCACAAGGCGGGUAAGACCGCUCGUUUCGAGAUGGAUCCGGAUGAGAAUCAUCUGGAAGAGGAACAGGAACCCGAAGAAGUCGUCGCUGAGGAGGACGCCGAGCCCCAGGAGGAACCAGUUGCCGCUGCAGUCGAAGAAGACGAGGAAGCAGGUGAACCUCUUGAAGAGGAUGAUGGAGGUCUUGUGGAGAUUGGAGAUGCGUCGCUCGUGGACAUCGCAUCGAACGCGAUCAGCGCAUGUCCGGUGGAGAACGGAAACGUCUAUACGCCUUGGGGCCCCGUCAUGGCGGGCACGGUAUUGGCCGGCAUUGCGGCAGGACUCGAACCACAAACGGUGCAGCUGCGUGAUCUGAUGUCACGAACGAGUGAGUAUCGUAGCCGGCAAUCGCAGCCGAUGCGUGUUGACAAUCGGUGGGCAGCGACUUUGUCGGGUGAUUUGGCCGAGGUAGCAUUGCUGCACGCCCCAUCGGCGGGAAAUAACGUGCAGGUUGGAGCGGCCGGUGCGUGGAAUAGAACCGUCUCUCCACGCUGGUUCUUCCUCAACCAACGUGAACAUCUGCAGAUGACGGAUGCGGAGAUUCGGGCUGGAAUUGAUGGGCUGCUGAUUGCCACGAACAUCGCUGAGUGGCGUAGUCGGGCCAACAACUUGCGGUUGAGCCAGGUUCUCGACAUGUACUACUCACACCGGGGUGUGUUCAACGAUACAGUGCGAUCGUGCAAUCGGCGUGAUCUUUUCACGACGGUCGCUCCAAUGGUCCAGCUCCGGGAGCAAACGGUCGCGUUUAGUACGGUGUUGGAUCGGGAGAUGCAAAUGCCAUUCACGAUCACGCAGGAUGCGAUCAUCAACUUCUCCGAUCGUUCCACUGAUGCGCUAGCCAACUACAUCCCGACUGCUUUGAAUGAUCUAUCGUGUGAGGCAACGGCCAUUGAGAUGAACGAUCCGACAGUUUGGAGAGCGGCGUCUGAUUUGUACAUCUUCGUCGAUGCCGCCUGGCCGUACAGAGAUGCGUACUCCGUCGUCGCAAACAUUCUGGAUUCGGUUGAUGUGGGUCGCUUCGGUACGACAUACACAGUUUUGAACGCGCGUGAUGGAACUAUCAUCGUGAACACUACACAAUUCUUGUCCGAUUUCCAUACGAUCUACACUCCACAGUUGCAUGAGUCAUUGCCGAACGGGUUGAACAUUCCGAACGUGUUCCGCCAGAUGCGCAACGAAACAGCUAACUUGAUGGAUGCAGAACGGCGUAAUAAUAGCUUGAGCGGACGCUCUAAGAUUGCCCUCAUGAUCGUGCACAUGGAUCGUGUCAGUGAAGGUGACACCAACUUCGCCAUGCAGCAUCUGCAGAUCUUCCGUGAGGAAGUGCCGGACUUGCGCUUCCUGUAUCUAGCGGCAGGAGACGUGGGUCGAUUCAACCGUUUUGUGCGUGAUGAACGUCGUGACGUGUUCCCACUGCGUGAGCUUGAUUCCGGUUCGGUAGUCGACACGGUUCGCGUACAGCUGACCCCAGUCAUCCAGCGGAUACUUCAAGAACCAAGGAGGAUUGUGAAUCCACGCUGUGGUCACAACUGGAUCCCUGAGAACUGGGGAUCGAACUCAAUGAAUCAGUUCGUCGAACCCAGGGGCAUCAAUUUCUACCGCUUGCAUCCAAACUACUUCUUUAGGGAGGGCAACAACCGACGUCUUCGCAUCCAGGGUCAUGGUUUUGCAACGCUAACCGUCUGUCAAUCGCGCUGGGUUGAGCGUCCCAGGCUUAAUACUACGGAGAAUCGAGACUCGAUCGUUUGCCGAACGAUCAACACCGAUUCGGUUGAUAUCGAUCUUUCGAAUGCUUGUGCUGGACACUCGGUCAUUAACACCUGUCCGCCAUUGUUCGUGUCGGUGGAAGGACCUAUCAACCCUCCCGCGGUCAUACGCUGUUCUGAGCCGGAGUGCCGUUUCCCGGAUAAUGCCCGGUUCGCGAUCGUCCUUGACAACAUGGGAUGUUUCAGCGGUGCUAGCAGGACCGUGAGCUCGCUGCUGUUGGCUGCCCUGGCGGCUUUGCUGUUAGUGUUCUUUAAGUAGCGAUAGGAUCUAUAUUUUAGUAGUCUUUUCGGCAUCUUCAAAUACCAACUAGUUUUAAGAGAUACGCUAGCGACGCGUGCCGUUAAUUAAAACCAUUUCACGUCUCCAUUAAACAGUUGCUAAAUGACAUUCUACAAUAGUGCCUAAACCAAACUAGGAGAGAACACCGAUGACAAUUUCAGUAAAUCAAUAUUCGUAAUAAAGGAAAAUCCUUAUACGUCAAGAAGGGCCUGUAUUAUAGGCGGGACUCAAGCGAUUUCUUGU